UUGGGGAAAUGCUACGCCCACAGCUGUGACACCUGUGUAGCUGUAGCAAAGCUUGAAAGCUUGCCGCUGUACUAGAGUCUGGCAGCUAAAGGGCUGAGGUUGAAGCUUCCUGGAGCGAGACCUCAGGCAGUUUCCCCACGUCCAGCGGUCGUCAUGCGGCCUGAGGAUCUCAGGGCGACAGUCCUUGUUUGCGCUAAUCAUGCUUUUUCUCUGUAUGUCUUUUCUGUGUUGGGGGGAGUGAAUCAUGAAGGAAAGAAACAACUUUGGAGUGAUUUGCCUUUCAUGGAAAGGCUAGCCAGGACUAGAAAGCCUUGGUGCCUUUAUAGUAGGAAGAAAGUCAACAGAUCAUAGAAAAUAUGAAGCCAGACCUAAGGUAUUGAUAUAGAAAGGUAUAUGACAAUUAGAAAGAUAGAUGAGUGUAUAAAUGAAAUUAUACAAAAAGUAUAUAGAGGGUGAGUUAAGCCUUGGCUGGUAAAAGUCUGGAUCUCACAGAUGUGGUCUUUGGCGCGAGACAGAUUUCACAAAAUUCUGAGAUCAUGCCCUUAAGCAACAACCCCCAUGAACUCCAAGCUGCGGAAGUGAUACACAGAAAUAGAUAUUAAAGUGCUUUGCUAUUGUCUACACAGAAAUAGAUAUUGAUAUAUUUUUGCUAUUGUCUUUUGCUGAUUCUAUGGAAUUGUAAAAGUUUGCUGAUUCUGAGUAAUUGUAAAAAUUAACAGUCUGAUGUAAUCCCCUGCCAAGUUCCUUGAUUGUAAAAGAAUAUAAGCACUGGUUUUACAGAAGUAAAUCUGCAGCAGCACAUCAAUCCAUCGUGUGUCUGUCUGUCAUUUCCUCGCCGAUUCCUGACUUCUCCUCGAGCCUUCUCCCUGGUUCUCCCGCAGUGGUGGUCUCCCUCUGGGUGGUCUGCGGCAGGUGGCGCCCGAACAGGGACCUGAAGGACAGGAUGCCGAUUCCCCUAUCUGGAUCCCGGAUCACCUUAUCCGACCUGCAAAGGGAGAAAAGAAGGCGCAAGCGCCGCUGGAGGAAGCAACACAAGAAGCUGCUGACGAAAAUGAAGAAGAUGAAACUCGGCGGCGAGAAAAUGAAAGUGACUUGGUCGCAGAUUCAGCUUCUGACUCAGAACGCGAAGAAGCUGCUGAUUGAGCAAGGAAAACCCCUCACCGCUUCAUUUUAUUUCAUUGCCCUUUUGUCUUUGCUCUCUGCUCCAUUACCAGUAGCUCAGGGAGUUUCCUUUUGGGCGUAUGUUCCUAAUCCCCCAAUCAUUCAGCCAGUGGGAUGGUUAGAUCGGGAACCCAUCAAAGUGUUGACAAAUGAUUCAGUCAGGUUGGGUGGAGCUCAAGAUUCUGAGGCUCGAAGCAGCUCCUCCUCUCUUGUAAAUUUUGAAGGCAGAGCAGAUUCACUACCAAUCUGCCUGACACUGCAAGGGAAAGUGCCUUACGGCUGCUUUCCCACAUCUUAUAGAACCUUCCUGACUGACAGCCCAGACAAAGCGAGUGCUGUGCAACAGGACGUGUUCGAGCUUCAUUUUAAAAACAGAAAAGGGGGAAGUGCUACGCCCACAGCUGAGACACCUGUGUAACUGUAGCAAAGCAUGCCGCUGUGCUGGAGUCCGGCAGCUGAAGGGCUGAGGUUGAAGCUUCCUGGAGCGGGACCUCAGGCAGUUUCCCCACAAUCAACGGUCAUCAUGCAGCCUGAGGAUCUCAGGGAGACAGUCCUUGUUUGCAUUAAUCAUGCUUUUUCUCUGUAUGUCUUUUCUGUGUCGGGGGGAGUGAAUCAUGAAGGAAAGAAACAACUUUGGAGUGAUUUGCCUUUUAUGGAAAGGCUAGCCAGGACUAGAAAGCCUUGGUGCCUUUAUAGUAA